AAAAUACAAACGCGUUCCCGGAAACAAGCCUCACACGGCUGCCGGUUAAAGUCAGACUCCCUCACUUGGAGUCCCUCUACAACUCCUCCCAAAACGACGGCGGCGAAGACAAUUCCCUAACCUCAGUGGAGCUCUCAGUCCCCGAUGUCCCUCCUCUUCCUCUCUCUCCUCCUCCUCCUCCUCCUCUCUCCUCUCUCCUCCUCCUCCUCCUCCUCCUCCUCCACCAGCACCUCCCGCCGCCUCCUCCAAUCCACAAACACCACCACCGCCGCCGCCGCCUCAUGCCCACUCAAUUUCACCGCCCUCGAACAACUCGUAGGCGUCUCCAACACCCCAACCGCCAACCUCGACACCGCCACCCGUUGCCAGUACAUCAAACAAGGCCUCCGCUUGGUCGAAUCCCUCUACCUCCAAGCCUCAAACAACUUCCUCCCCCCGUUAACCUCCGCCUCAUCCUGCUGGGCCGCUUACCAAUCCCUCGUCGACUCGUUCGUAUCCGGCUUCGACGUCCGCACCGCCUGCGGCUUCCAGACCGACUGGAUCUCCCAGGGCUGCAUGAACAUCACCACCAGAGCCCAGUUCGAAGCCCUCGUCCGGCCAUCCGCCCUGAGCGACGUCGUCUCCGCCUGCAACCAGUCCUUGUACAACGGCGCGCCGUGCGCGUCGUGCACCACCAGCCUCUCCAGCCUCCAGGCGUCGUACCUGACCGGAGGAUCGAUCGGGAACCUCAGCGAUUGCACGGCGUACCCCUCGAUAUACGCCGCCGCCUUCGCCAACCAGUUCGGCCCCACCGAUCACGGUACGGCUCAGUGUUUGUUCGGUUUCAAUUUCGACAAUUCACCCAGUUCGAAUAAUAAUAACCAGAGAAACAUUGUAAUUUGGGUAGUUGUGAUACUUUUUGUGGUUUUUCUGUCUCUGGGUUUUGGUGGGUUCUGUUUUAUUUGGAGGAGAUUGGGGAAAAAGAAGAGGAAAAUCAUUAGUGGAAGAGAAACGAGUUUGGCUGUUGAAAUGGAAUCAAUCAACCAGAGUACUACUCUAGUUAGGUACACAAUUGAUGACAUUAGACAAGCUACUAAGAAUUUCAAUAGGGAUAACAUAAUUGGGAGAGGAGGGUAUGGGAAUGUGUACAAGGGGGUGUUGCAAGAUGGGUCUGAAGUUGCAAUGAAGAGGUUCAAGAACUGUUCUGAAUCAGGCGAUGCAACUUUUGCCCAUGAGGUGGAAGUCAUAGCUAGCGUUCGGCACGUGAAUUUAGUGGCUUUGAGAGGGUACUGCACCGCAACUACGCCAUUGGAAGGGCACCAGAGGAUAAUAGUGUGUGAUUUGAUGAGGAAUGGGAGCCUCCAUGAUCACCUGUUUGGGAUGAGUGAGGAGAAGCUCAGUUGGCCGGUUCGCCAGAAGAUCGCGCUCGGAACAGCUCGCGGGCUGGCCUAUUUGCACUACGGUGCUCAGCCGGGGAUCAUUCAUAGGGAUAUCAAAGCUAGUAAUAUACUUUUGGAUGAGAAUUUUGAGCCUAAGGUUGCGGAUUUUGGACUCGCUAAGUUCAAUCCAGAGGGGAUGACUCAUUUGAGCACAAGAGUUGCCGGGACAAUGGGCUAUGUUGCUCCUGAAUAUGCCCUUUAUGGGCAAUUGACGGAGAGGAGCGAUGUGUAUAGCUUUGGGGUUGUGUUUCUUGAGCUUCUAAGUGGAAAAAAGGCGCUUAUGGCAGUUAACGAUGGGCAACCUUCGCUAGUGACCGAAUGGGCGUGGGAUUUGGUUAGAAAAGGGAGAGCUUUGGAUGUGAUUGAAGAUGGGAUGCUGGAUUUGGGGCCUCCGGAAGUUUUGGAGAAGUAUGUGUUAGUUGCAGUUCUUUGUUCUCACCCGCAAUUGUAUGCUAGGCCAACAAUGGACCAAGUUGUGAAGAUUUUGGACAUGGAUUUGCCAAUGCCUUCUAUACCAGAACGACCGAUCCCUCUUAUUGCGAAUAUUGAUGAUAUUGAGAAAUCUAUGAGCAGUAGUGGCUCUGGCAAUCUGUCCACUGCUGCUGGUUAUCAACCUUAUACGUCUGAGAAUGGCCACCCUUCGAGACAUAGCAAGGAAGAAGGAGAGACUUCCGGCCGCCCUUUGAGACAUAACAAGGAAGAAGGAGAGAAUUCCGCCCUCCCAUUGAGACAUAACAAGGAAGAAGGGGAGAAUUCUGGCACUUGAUGAAAAUUGUAAGCGAUUUGCUUGGGUUGAUCGAGAAGGAUCAUUCGAAGUCUUUGACAUCAUUCAUUUGUUGAUUACAUUGUGUGGUUCCUGAGAUUGGAAUCAUGGCUCUCCAUUGUGAAGAGGUGUAGGUGUAUAUAUAUAAAGUUAUAGUAGCAACUUUUUCCCCUGUAAAGAGAAAUAUAGCAUAUUUUUAUGUGUUUUUGCUGCCUAAAUCUUUAUUGGUCUUGCUCAAUUGAUGAUAUAUAAGAGCUGGUUCUUCAAA